UGACGCCGCUCCAGCCGCUCCCUACGCCCGGCGGACCAUUCAGGCUCAAGUCCACCCAGAGCUCCAUUCAAAGUGCUGAGAUUCGGAUGAGAGCCACGUCCAGCUUCAUCCAGCACAGCAGACACGAGUUGAAGUAAAGGCAGCGGGGAAGGGCUUCACGAGCCACUCCAGACUUGGGGAAUCACUUCUGGGAUCCUACUUUUGUCCGUAGAGUGGAUUUAGGACAAGAGGGAGCAAGUCUUGCAGAGAUAAAGAGGGGGGGACACCUGCAGCCAAGAUGGAGGUGAAGACGUCACUCCUAGACAACAUGAUCGGGGUGGGCGACAUGGUCCUCCUAGAGCCCCUGUCUGAAGACUCGUUCCUCGAAAACCUGAAGAAACGCUUUGACCACAAUGAGAUCUACACAUACAUCGGCAGUGUGGUGAUCUCUAUGAACCCCUACAGGUCCCUGCCCAUCUACACACCUGAAAAAGUGGAGGAGUACCGCAACAGAAACUUCUAUGAACUUAGUCCACACAUCUAUGCUUUGGCAGAUGAGGCCUACCGUUCACUGAGGGACCAGGACAAGGACCAGUGCAUCCUCAUCACAGGGGAGAGUGGGGCUGGGAAAACCGAGGCCAGUAAGCUGGUGAUGUCAUAUGUGGCAGCGGUGUGUGGGAAGGGCCAGGAGGUGAAUAAGGUCAAGGAACAGCUGCUGCAGUCCAAUCCCGUGCUGGAGGCCUUUGGAAAUGCCAAAACAGUGAGGAAUGAUAAUUCAUCCAGAUUUGGGAAGUACAUGGACAUUGAGUUUGACUUCAAAGGAGAUCCCCUGGGUGGAGUCAUCAGCAACUAUCUGCUGGAGAAGUCACGUGUGGUGAAACAGCCAAGGGGAGAGAGGAACUUCCACGUCUUUUAUCAGCUCUUGUCUGGAGCCUCCGACGAUACGCUCAAGAAGCUGAAGCUGCACCGGGACUUCAGCAAGUACAACUACCUGAGCCUGGACUCAGCCGUGGUCAAUGGGCUGGAUGAUGCGGCCAACUUUAGGACAGUCAGAAAUGCCAUGCAGAUCGUGGGCUUCAUGGAGGACGAGGUGCAGUCGGUGCUGGAGCUGGUGGCUGCCGUGCUGAAGCUCGGCAACAUCGAGUUCAAGCCUGAGUCGCGCUGUAACGGGACAGACGAGAGUCGCAUCAAAGACAAAAACGAUUUGAAGGAGAUGUGUGAGCUGCUGGGGAUCGAACAGUCGGUGCUGGAGAGGGCUUUCAGCUACCGUACAGUAGAGGCCAAGAUGGAGAAAGUCUCCACCACCUUGAACGUGGCCCAGGCCUACUACGCCAGAGAUGCCCUGGCCAAAAAUCUCUACAGUCGUCUGUUUAGCUGGCUAGUUACCAGGAUCAACGAAAGCAUUAAAGCACAAGCUAAAACUCGGCACAAGGUCAUGGGUGUGCUGGACAUCUAUGGCUUUGAGAUAUUUGAGGACAACAGCUUUGAGCAGUUUAUCAUCAACUACUGCAACGAGAAGCUGCAGCAGAUCUUCAUUGAGCUGACCCUACGCGAGGAGCAGGAAGAAUAUGUCAGAGAGGGCAUCGAGUGGACCAACAUUGAAUAUUUCAACAAUGCCAUUAUCUGCGACCUCAUUGAGAAUAACCAGAAUGGCAUCUUGGCCAUGUUGGAUGAGGAGUGCCUGAGGCCUGGGACAGUCACAGACGAGACCUUCCUGGACAAACUGAACACCAUCUGUGCUGAGCACCAGCACUUUGAGAGUCGCCUCAGCAAGAAUUCAAAGUUUCUCACCGACCACAGCCUGCCACACAGUUGCUUCCGCAUCCAGCACUAUGCCGGCAAGGUGCUGUACCGCGUCGAGGGAUUUGUAGACAAGAACAACGACCUGUUAUACCGAGACCUGUCACAGGCCAUGUACAAGGCCAACCACAGCCUCAUCAAACAGCUCUUCCCUGAAGGCAACCCUGCCAAAGUCAACCUGAAGAGACCACCUACUGCUGGAUUCCAGUUCAAAGCAUCAGUUGGCACGCUGAUGAGGAACCUGCAGACCAAGAACCCAAACUACAUCCGGUGCAUCAAGCCCAACGAUAAGAAGGCAUCCCACAUCUUCACCGAGUCCCUGGUUCGCCAUCAGCUGCGCUACCUGGGCCUGAUGGAGAAUGUCCGCGUGAGGAGAGCCGGCUACGCCUUCCGCCAGCCCUACGAGCCCUGUCUGGAACGCUACAAAAUGCUCUGCAAACGGACCUGGCCUCAUUGGAGAGGGCCUGCCAGGGAAGGAGUGGAGGUGCUGAUGACCGACCUCCCGGUUCCAGCAGAAGAGUUCUCCUAUGGCCGCUCCAAGAUCUUCAUCAGGAACCCAAGAACGCUCUUCUUCUUGGAGGAGAGGAGGAGGCAAUGCCUGCAAGACCUGGCCACGCUCAUUCAGAAGAUCUACCGUGGCUGGAAGUGCCGCAGUCAGUUCCUGCUGCUGAAAAAGAGUCAGAUAGUGGUGGCAGCAUGGUACCGCCGAUACGCACAACAAAAGAAGUACCAGAGGAUCAAGAGCGCCACCACUGUGGUGCAGUCCUACACCAGAGGAUGGCAGGCUCGCAAACUCCUGAGAGAGCUGAAGUAUCAGAAGAGAUGUGAAGAGGCAGUGACCACCAUUGCAGCCUACUGGCACGGCACCCAGGCUCGGAUGGAGCUGAGACGUCUAAAACAAGAAGCGCGGAAUAAACACGCUGUGACAGUAAUUUGGGCAUACUGGCAGGGAACCAAGGCCCGGAGAGAGCUGCGUCAGCUGAAGGAGGAGGCGAGGAAUAAACAUGCCGUAUCGGUCAUUUGGGCCGGCUGGCAGGGCACCAAGGCUCGCAGGGAGCUGAGGAGACUGAAGGAAGAGGCCAGGCGUAAGCACGCUGUCGCUGUGAUUUGGGCCUACUGGCAGGGACUCAAGGUCCGCAGAGAAUACAGGAAAUUCUUCAGGGCAAAUGCAGGAAAGAAGAUCUAUGAGUUCACCAUCCAGAGAAUUAUGCAAAAAUACUUCCUGGGUCUGAAGAACACCGUGCCCUCCAUGUCACCCAUUGACAAGAACUGGCCUGCUCGGCCUUAUCUCUUCCUGGAUGGAGUCCACACAGAGCUCCGGAGAAUCUUCCAUCUCUGGAGGUGCAAGAAAUACAGGAGCCAGUUCACAGAGGAGAGGAAAGCCGUGUACGAGGAGAAGCUGGAGGCGAGUGAGAUCUUCAAGGAUAAAAAGGCUCUCUACCCAAGCAGUGUGAGCCAGCCCUUCAAAGGAGACUACUUGGAGAUAAGCAAGAACCCCAAGUAUCAGAAACUCAACAGUGCUAUGGAUGAGAAGGUUCUUCUGGCUGAUGUGGUUAACAAGAUUAACCGAGCUAAUGGCAAGGGAACAGCUCGAAUCUUCCUGCUGACUAAGAAGAGCGUCGUCCUGGCUGACCAGAAGACGGGCCAGGUGAAGGCCAGCGUCCCUCUGCCAGACCUCACUAGCGUGUCAGUCAGCACACAGAGUGACGGCUUCUUUGCACUCAAACUCAAGGAGGGGUCAGCUUCAGCCGUCAAAGGAGACUUCUUACUCAGCAGUGAGCACCUGAUCGAGAUCAUCACCAAACUCCACCGCAUCGGGGCCACGGCCGCGGACAGGGAGCAGCUCAACAUCGACAUCUCAGACGAGUUUCUGGUGCAGUUCAAGCAGGACAAAGUGUGCGUGAAAUUCAUCCAGGGAGCCCCCAAGAACGGCAACAGCGCGUGCUGCAAGCGCAAGAACAACCGCCUGCUGGAGGUGUCGGUGCCCACAACGGCGUAGUGCGCCCCCCCCAUCUGCUUCCAGUGCUGCUCCUGAGCGCUCAGGUUGGGAGCGAUUUUAAAACACAGAACCACCACCCACUCCGAAACUCUGGUCUCUAGAACCAUCACCCCCCAGUGCCCACCCUGAGCCCAAAAAUGACAGUGCAGUUAUUUGGCUUGUUGUGUUGUUGUUUUUCCUUCAGUCUCUUAUUAACAGAUUUACUCUGGCACCACUAUAGCUGUAACCAUGUGCCACUUUCUUUUGGCAAAGAAAGCCUUUAUGUGGGUUGCAUGCCACAGAAAUUUGGUAAAAUGUUUCACUGGUUUUUUUUUGUAAAACUGGGGUCAAGAGUUGAAGAUGGAUGUAAAGAAAAUCUUGGUGGAGCACAAGAGACUUCUGUACACCAGUGGUGAUGUUGAUAAUGAUUGUUCUGCCUGUAUGGUAAGUCAGUCUUCAGAGAAAAUGUCAUUAUGAGAACGUUGUGAUUAGCUUCAGCCUCAACUGGCCUUUACUCAUCUUUUUUUUUUAAGCCGCUCUGGCUUUUAAGCACAUGGCUUAAAAUUUGAGAUGAACUGGGAACUUUUGGGCUUGGUCUGUCAGAGUUGAGUUUCUCUGAAGAAAGUGAAUACUGCACUUGUUUUCACCUCGGUGUAACCAACAGAGGAUGACCUGAAAAUGAAUUUGAUUGUAUGAUGUAUUAUUUUCUAUAUAUUUUCUCUCUGGAUAUAAAAAAAAAAAAAAAAAAAGCACAGUGGGCGGUCGGGAAGUCAAAUGUAAUUUGCUAGAUUAUUGUAAAACCACUUUUGUAUCUGCAAUUCCUAUGUGCCAUUGAACAGGUCCUACGACUUGUCACAUGUCAGUGAACAAAUACAAACCAUGCAGGUCACUGACCCCAUUCACUUUUUGACAACAUGAAAGCCAAAGGCUCUUGAGUAGGGGGGCAUAUCGACCUGUGUUGGCAAUAUUUUGUAAGUUGUGAUAGAACUGCACAUGUGAUCAAUCUCCAUUUCAUCCAAAAAGCAUCCAAACAGAGUUAUUUUAAACUGAAUUCAUAUCCUUUAAUACAUAGACUGUCUGUAUGACUCAAAGAAAACCUUCUCACUUCAUGUUGGGCUUGAUUUAAAGAUACUGACAAAGGCAGUACAGACAUUCCAGUGGAGAGUGAAACCCUUGAUACUGAUAUAUUUUUUUGUGUGCAAUAAUUAAAACGCUUUGUCUCAAUUAUUCUCUUUCCGUCAAAACAGUAGUGAGAACCCACAGCAGUCGCCCUCACUGUACCAUAAGCUGUACAUAGGCUCUUUAGGCUGUAGCUCUGGCAUGGACAAAGGGUUUCUUUAGUAUCCUCAUUUUAAUUGCUGUGUUUGUGAAAUGGCUCUUUUUGCCACUGCAGCUUUGAGUUAUUGUAGUGCUUGACCCACUCUGACCUAUUGUGUAUUUUUUUUCAAGAGGAAAGACCAAAUAUUAAGUGCACACAUGACCAUAGAUUCUCGAUGUAUCUGAAGAAAUCAACCAGUUUCAGUUUUUACAACUUUUCAAGGACACUCGUGUAAAAAAAAAAAUUAAAAAAAAGAAAAGAAAAGUAAAGAAAAAAAAAUGGUAUGCAUAUAUUUACAGACAAGCCAAAUAUGAGUAUCAAAGAAGCAAGAGUGCUAUAUUUUCAGGUAUGUUGACUAUAAUGAUCUGUAUUUGGAUGUACUGGUUGUACUGGUAGUAGAAUUUGUACUGUUGAUUUGAAGUCAUCCAGUUGUUUUUUUUUUCUGGUGACUGUGAGGGAAUAACAAAGCCAAACUUGGUCUAGUCCUGUUUUGCAAUCCAGAAUAUCUUGGUUUAUAUGUUUUUUUUUUUGUAUUUUUUAUUGCCACACACAAACACAGGGACCUGAGAAAUCAGUUGUUGCUGUCCCAAAGCACGGGAGCGAUUGAGCUGAACGCCUGUUUUGAUGUAUUUGGUCCUUGGCUCUGCACCGUUUCCAUGCAGUUUUGCUAAGGUGACAUCCCCCUUCCCCCUUUCACUCUCUUCUCUGUUUCGUAUUUGAACAGUGGCUAGAACUGCAAAAUGGUGUCUGCAUUCUUGUGUGCCUAAUGUUAACCUGUGCUGAGAGACACAACAUGGGAAUGUUUCAGUAGAACUCAAUGUAACAUUUACAAGUAAUCUUUUUUAAAUUAAAUAAAAAUCAGUAAUAAAUAAAUGUCAUUCUGCGAUUCUGUGACA